AUGAGUGCCAGCGAAGAAUGCAAGGAAAAUUUAAAUAAUGCUGACAAUGUAAGUAAACCACAGGUUGCCGCAGUCCCUUCAAAUUGUAAAGAAUCAGCUCCUGCUCCCAGUGAAGGGAAAAAAACUUCAUGGGUUUUGAAUGAUUUUGAUGUUGGCCGUCCAUUGGGUAAGGGUAAAUUCGGAUCAGUGUUCAUCGCACGGGAGAAAAGCACUAAAUUCGUUUGCGCCUUAAAAGUGUUAUUCAAAAAGCAGUUGAAGAAGUUCGGAGUAGAACACCAAGUUAAGCGGGAAAUUGAAAUUCAAUAUCACUUGAGACAUCCCAAUAUUCUUGCAUUGCAUGGCUAUUUCCAUGAUUAUGAACGUGUUUACAUUAUUUUACAAUAUGCUGAGAAGGGUGAACUCUAUGGGUACAUGAAGAAGCAGAAGAAAUUCUCACCUAUGGAAGCUGCUCAUUUCAUUGCUCAAUUAGUCCAUGCCUUAGCUUAUUGCCAUUCCAAGACUGUUAUCCACAGAGAUAUCAAGCCUGAGAACCUCUUGAUCGAUGACCAUUAUAAUCUUUUGCUAUCUGAUUUUGGAUGGGCUGUUAUCUCUAACAAUUCCAAGAGAGAUACUUUAUGUGGUACAUUAGACUAUUUGGCGCCAGAGAUGACUUCUGGAAAGCCUCAUGAUCAUAACGUUGACAUCUGGGCCGUUGGUGUUCUCCUGUACGAGAUGUUGUGCGGACGAACUCCAUUCGAACGUAAACAACAAGAUGAAACUAUUCAAAUGAUUAAGAAAUGCAGAUUUUUGAUUCCUUCUGAAUUCCCUCCUACUGCAGCUGAUCUCAUUCGCAAAAUUUUGGUUCUUGAACCAUCGGAACGUUUACCUUUAAAAGAUAUCUGUACUCAUCCUUUCAUUGUCGAAGAAACUGGCUUUACUGACAUGACUAAUUUACGAGCCAAACUACCACCUUCUAAAUUUAUCUUACAAAUGAAAGCUGAUGGCCAAAACAAGCCAGCCACAAUGAAGCCCUCCACGUUAGAUAAUGUGCCUCCUAAGCAAGUAGUUCCAUCUGUGGACUCUGCCUCUAUUUUGAACGCUAGAGAGAUUGAUCCUAAUCAAUUACCAGGAUACCGAGCUCCAAGUACAUCUGCUGUGACUAAGGCUAUGGCAGCUGCAUCCGUUUCAGAUAAAGAAGAUACAGAUUGCUAA